AUGUUGACUCAGAAGAUCCUACUGCUAGAUGUGAACAAAUCUUUUGUGAUGAAUUUAGAAAAAUACAGAUUGAGAAAAUUAUCUCCGUGUUUGAGGGUUUUUUUUGUCCUUUGUUUUUUUCUUAUAGCAAGUCAUUACUUGAAUGUUGAAGCUCAAAAAGACAAGCCCAAUGGAAAAUUAAGAGGGAAAAAACCACCACCAGGAAAAUGUGAUCAAGGAAAUGAAUCUAAAUGUUGCAAAGAAAGAAAAUUUUACACCACUUAUAAGUGUUCACCACCGGUCAUAGCGAGUACAAAGGCAACUUUAAUAAUCAAUAAUUUUGAAGAAGGUCAUGAUGGUGGCGGUCCAUCUGAAUGUGAUAACAAUUAUCACUUAGAUAAAGAACCUAUGGUUGCUCUUUCAACUGGAUGGUAUAACAAAAGAAGUAGGUGUUUAAAGUAUAUAAAUAUCCAUGGCAAUGGGAGAACUGUUAAGGUUAAAGUGGUUGAUGAGUGCAACUCGACAAUGGGAUGUGAUGAUGAACAUGAUUACCAACCUGUUUGUUCUAAUAAUAUCGUCGAUGCCUCAAAAGCUGUUUGGAAGGCACUGGGAGUACCUGAGAGUACUAAUAAAUGGGGUCAAACGGAUAUAUAUUGGUCUGAUGCUUAA